GUCGUUUCUUAACCGUAACAAGACAUAACAAGAUGUUGUUGUGUAGCUAGAGAUGGGCAAAAUCUUCACUUUAUAACUAACAGAUUCUGCAAAUUUAAGACUCCCAAAUGUGAUUUCCAAUGUGAAUUGAGCCUCGAUUUGGUUUAUAUGGAAUAAUGGGGUGUGAUUGUAAAUCAAAGUGUAAGACCAUCAAAUGCCCCUGCAGAGACAGGUUAAAACCAUGUGACCCUACAGAAUGUAAAACAUGCAAGAAAACAUGUGAAAAUAAAUCUGGUCAGAGUACAACAAAAAUUCAACAACCUGCUACGACUCAAGCUGCUUCAGCAAAGUCUACAAAUGUUGUACCAUCUUUGGAAGCACUUAAUAACCAACCUAUUGCAUCAAAUUCUAUUGGACAGACUUCUAACACUUUAAUGCAUGGUGGAACCAAGAGAUCCCACGACAGCUCGGAGAACAGCAUACAUUCAGCUAAACAAGCAAAACAGGGUCAGAGUACAACAAAGAAGCCUACAAAAAUUCAACAAGCUGCAACGAAAGCAAAGUCUACAAAUGUUGUACCAUCUUUGGAAGCACAUAACCACUUUACACAGAAGCUUCAUGCAGCUAAACAAACAAAACAGCACAGCGAUACAGUGACACAACCAAACAGUGAAGCAAGAGAGGCAAAUACUAAUGAUUCAGCAAAAGAAAACAAGAGAGAAACUCAAUUAUCAAAUGCAAUACCAGAUAAAAAACAAAUGGAGGCAAAACAUGGAAAGCAAAAGAUUGUAGGUGAAAAUAUUUUUCACCUUUCCGAUAGGACAGACGAUUCUCAUGAGAAAAAAGAAGAAAAUGAAUAUGAUAAAACUGAUCAACAGACUGAAACUAACUUUUAUGAGCCAGUGGAUUUAUAUCAAAUGUCAAAAGAAAUGCUAGACAUUCAUCCAGAUGAAACGCAAGUAAGAAAUUCCUAUUUUCCCAUUCAAGAGUUUCUGGCACAAGACAUAAUAAACAGAAUUUCUCUCAUACUCACAGAGUACAAAUCAGAGAGAAACAUAGAUUCCGAUACAAUUCCAACUUCUUUAGAUGAGUUUGAAAGGUUUGAUUUUCGUAUAUAUACUGCAAGAUAUACAAUGUUACGAGAUCAAACUAUAGCUAGGUUGUGUCAAAGGGAAAUGGCUUGUUUUCCAGAGGAAUCAUACAACAAUCCAAAUGAGCUAUAUAAUAAAGAGGGUAAAAAAAAGGUCAAGACAUAUGAUAUGAGUUUUGAGAAGGACUUUAAUGAAUUCAAAAAACAAGCCGAGCAAAAUCCUAAAAUGCUCCACCUAGUUAUUGCUGAUGAAGCACACUGGGGAUCAGAUAAAUCUACUGAAGAAGUAAGCCGUGCAAAUGAAACAUUUGUCAAUUCUUGGAAAAAUGAUAAACAUGGUAAUGUCAUUGUUCUUCAAGUUACAGCUACACCUUUCAACUUAUUAAGUGAUAACACACGACUUCCAAGCAAAAAGUACUGUGCAACUAGCAUUGUCAACAAUGAACUCAUUUUGGUCCAGCAAUUGGAAAAAUCAAAACACUUAAUGCAAGGCAACAAUAUUGUGACUCAACUCGUUGGACCAAAAAAUGAUUUACACCAUGUUAGAUGGUCUGAAGCAUUGAAACACCGCUUAGAGCAAGGUAUAGUAGUCACUCUACAAAUUCCCCAAAAGAAAAGUAAAGGUUCUUUUGAUCAAGUUUGGCUUGAAGUUAGGAACAAAAAACUCUGUAAAAGCAAAGAUUUGAAACCCAGUGAACUUACCAUACGAGGUGAAAAUGGAAUAGUUAAAGUGAGGCAUGGGGGAAAUAUUCUAGCUGCCAUAAAAUAUGGUAGUAGCACCCAUUUAGAGUUUAUUGAUGAAAAUGAUUCAAACAGAUUUAGCACAGAGUUUAACAUCAAAUUGGAAUAUGGAGAAGAUGUGUUUCAAUUGUCUACAAGAACAGAGACAGAACACAAAAACUUCAUGAAAUAUUGCCCAAAAGAGGAGUGCAUGAUACUUGACAGAAAACCAGCUGAAAGUUAUCAAGUAUUGGGUGGUCUCAAGUUUGUGCAAGACAUCCAUUACUUGAUGGUGAUUGGAAUAUGCAAGGCUUCACAGCUAGGGACCUUGAAUACUAAAAACAAAAGGUAUCUUUCCUUGACAUUCUACUACAACAGUAUAAGAAACAAAGAGAAAGAUGAGCAACUAAUCAGAUAUGACAAAAACUUUUCUGAUCUCUCUUCUGAUCUCAGUAAGAACUCUGCAACACAAAUAAACACAAAUCUGGAUAGCCUUCUGGCUUCAGAAUAUGCUUUCUUCAUACUAAGCAAUGAAGGACUUCAGUCUUUAAAAUUGCAAAUUUCCUCACAUCAGAGGGUCUCAAUUCCCAAAACAAUUUUUGAAUCUUGGAUUAAAAAAAUCCAUAAACUUCGAGAAGAGAGAACAACAACUUUUGCAAAAAAUUUGGAUGAGAAUCAUGGGCAAAACCUGAAAUUGAUUUUUGAAGAAGUCAAAGAUGCCUUGAAGAAUAUUCCACAAAGAUCAUUCAACAGUAAUAUAUACAUUAGACUCAUGAAAAAUAUCAUAUAUGGAGACGAUUGUGAAAUUGGUCCAGAUUGUCCAGAAAAGCUUGAGAAAGAUCAGUUGCUAGCUGCCUUUGAUGUUUGUCUGAAAGAAUCCGAAACAUUGAGAAUAGUAGAUGAUUUGAUUCAGGAUCAAAGCGCUCUGAAAAGUGGGUUGAAGGGUAAAAUGAAAAUCAUCAGGGCAACUGGUAAAAAAAAUGGAGAUAAAAUUUAUAAGAUUUUGUGUCUAGCAAGAAAGGUAGCUGGUGGGACGGACAAAAACUACAUGUUUGAGAUUAUUCGAGAUUAUUCCAACUUCCAAAUACGCGACAUUAACAAUGAAGAUGACACUUCAGCACUUUAUCGUAUACGGCAAGUUUUACAGACCAAUGACUGCCAACAUGUAGAUGAAAAUGAGGAAUCAAGAGAAAUGUGCCAGUGUAAGCGGUUGGAAUAUGAAUCUAAAUCGCUUGAAUGCAAAAAUUGUAAGCAUAGACACAAAUCAGUGACACAAUAUUCUGACCUAGAAAAUCUCCCAUGUAUUCUUAUUCUAGUACAGAAAGGUAGAAUGGGUGAUACAUUCCCUUCAAGUUUAAAUACAAUGGAUUUGAGACUACACUUUCAAGACUCAAAAAAUCCACCCUACUUCAAUGCAAUAGUGCAGGAACUUGGAAGAUUGUGUCGAUACUCAGAAGAAAUGCCACUCAAUGAACUGCCAUAUGUGCUCAUUGGAAAACAUCUAUAUGAAAACUUUGAAAAUUCUCUCGACUCAAGUGCUGUUUACUAUGGAUACAUAGAGCAAAAGCCAAGCAUGUUGGAUCGCAGAUUAAAAGCUGACAACAAAGCUGGUGGAAAAGGUGCUGAUGUAGAUAAUGAAACAAAGCAUUUUAACAGAAUACUUCUGAGUGCAGAACCACAAAUAGGGAAGACCGGCACCUAUCUAAAAGUAAUUUCACUCAUAAAAAAAAUUAUAAGACAAAAUGUGAAACCACAAACCGCUUUGGAAGAAUGUACUGUAAGUGAUGAGGAGCUCUCAGAUGACAGUACUGACAAUGAGAGUGGUGAUGAAACAAUUCCAGACUCGAAACAAGACAAAUCAAAGUUCUGGCUUUAUCCACCUCGUAGGAUGUUUAAGAAGGGGAUACUUAAAGCAAAAAUAAACUGCCAAUCUAAGUAUGACCCAAUAUAUGGUCAAUACAAACAUGGAAAGGAGCCAACCAACAGAUUUCUACCAAAAUACACAAGAAAAGAAACAAAUAAAAAAAGCAAAAAGAAGGGAAAAGAAACCAAUGGUGAAAACCCAUAUAGACCAAUGACAAGGGUUCACACAUGCCCAACAUGUAUGAUUGAAGGACUCAACUCUCAUGAAGUUGAAAUAACAAUCCAAGGUCAAUGUACUUCAAUAUCAAUACCAAACAGCAGAUACUACCAAGCGAGAGUAAUGAAAACACUCAAUAAAAAAUCAUCCCCAGAAAUACCAAUGGAUCCUCCCACUGGAAAUGAGCUACAGUCUUGGAUAUUUACCCCGACCUAUGGGAGAGCUACAACGGGAUCUGUUAAUUUCUGUGGGACCAUGCGGCUCAAAGACAAAUACAGAACCUCUUGUGAGUUCAUUCAUGUGUUAGUUGUGAAACAAGAAGAGUAUGAAGAAUACUGCCUGAAUUGGAGAACUACUCAUGCCAUCUUGAAGCUACCAAAUAAUAUAGAAGAUACUGAUGUGCACAAAGGAGGAGUAGGAUACAGCAGAAGGUUUAUACAGCAUUUUGCUGAGGAGUUCCACCUUGAUACAAUAUUCAUGAUAGAUGAUAAUCUUGCUGCAUUUAAGGAGGUUAAGGAACAAGAAGGAUUUUUGGAAAGGAAUAAUGGAACAUUGAAAACAGAAAAUAUUCCUCUCUAUGGAGUACUGAAACAUCUAGAAAAAAUUGGAUCUGAAAAUACCCUUGGGAAAUCCACAGAAAACAUUAUAUCAAGUUAUUCUGGACCACUGUCGAAAUAUGGUAUAGUUGGAAUGAUUAAGUUGAGAAAAGGCAGUCUCAGAGUGAAAAAACCAUUCAAGCAAACACAUGUACAUUCUCUUGUCUUUGUAAAUAUAAAAGCACUUAAAGCAAAGGGUGUUAAGUACAGACCCUGGCCUGUGUUUGAAGACUUGAAUAUGAACAAUGAUGCUGAUAAAGCGGGGCUAAAUGUGGUGAAGUUUAGCAGAUUCUUUAUGGUGAAACGUAACCUGAAGUCUUGGAUCAGUGAAAUGUGUACUUACAACCUAGAAGACUUCAAGACAGAUAACAGGCUCCCAAUGGCUCAAGGAUGGGAUGACAAACUUGUCAGAUGGCUGAGAUGCAACUCACGGCCAAACAAAAUAAUACAAGUCAAAACAAGAAGGAAACAUGAAAAUAACAUCCAUGAGACAAAGGUGGAAUGUCUCAUAAAGAAACUUGAAGGAUACAAAACCCAGGAUCAUAAUCAACAACAGAUUUUGAUCACAAAUGUAGAAGGGUCAUUGGUUGAAGAGACUAUGAAAUAUUCAAUACUUGACAGGAUAAAACCAGAUGAUAAAUGUAUCACAAUGGUUUUGUUAACCUCUCAGGAAAUGCAAAUGUUUAGCAAAAUACUGAAAGAAUCAAAGUAUGACUGCAUAAUAGUAAGUAGCCACAACAUAUCGGAAUACAAUGUUCCAUGUGUUUUGUUACAUAUGCAAAAUGCCAAGUAUGAAUGCAAAGAGGAGACAGAUUUGUCACUAGAUAAUAGUGUUCAAAUUGAAAUUGACUCUACAGAGGUAAUGAAGGUAGAAAUGGACCCACAGACAGAAGAGGAGACAGAUUUGUCACUAGAUAAUAGUGUCCCAAUUGAAAUUGACUCUACAGAGGAACUGUCAAAUGGCAGUAAGGAACAGCAAAGUGGGAAAAUUAAAAUGGAGGAAGAGAUGGACAUACAGCCAGAUGGCAACUGGAGUCAUUUUUUCUUUAAAAAAAUGAAGGAAAUAGAAGAAGAAAACGCAAGUUUGAAAAAAGAAAAUGCUAAGCUAAAGGAGCAUAAGUUGCCAGUAGUAGACAAGAACCACAAAUAUAGAUGUAAUGACUGUGGAAAAGAGAUCAUGAAUUCAUUCUUCCAUUGCACACAGUGUGACGACUACGAUAUAUGUGUUAAAUGCAUGACUACAUCAUCCCAUCAACAUCCUGUACUGUUUGUUCCUAAACCAAACUGAAGUACAGAAGUUUUCUUCUAUUGGCUAUUGCCAGCAGUACAAACUAUGUGUUCAUAAAGAAUUAUUUUCAUACAAAGCCUGUCAUUAUGGACAGGAACCCUAAUUAU